UGAUAGAGAGAAGGGGAGGGCUAGAGACAGAGAGGGAAGGAGAGUGAGAUAUUCUGAACAGGAAAAGUUAGACAAUCAGCAGUGCCACUUGUGUGCUCACCCUUCCUUGACUGCUGCCUGCCCACUCCACUACCUGAGGCACACAUAUACACACACACAGGGAGGUGUUUCAGGGAGGCUUAGAGGGCUGACUCUCCAGGGAAGAAGGGAAUUAAACACUUUUGUUUUCAAUCCAUCGCGUCCAUACUCAGGACACAAAAAGGGAUUACAGCUUGUACGCCUGUCCCACUUGCCCCUUUCUUCUCUCUGCAAUUUGUCUUCACUGAGUUACUUUGGAGACUUUGGAUACAACCUUCUUGAAUUGUUGAUUCGAGCUCUGAGAGGCAUGGCACAUGGACAAAAGAGCCCCAGGUGGGCAUUAACCCAGGGCUCCUUCAGCUUGGCACUGGGCCUGUCGCUCUUCUCCCUGCUCCUCCUCCUCCUCACCGUCUCGGCCGCAGAUGAGUACGACUACUACAGCUGGCAGUCGGACAACUUCCACAAUGGCCGCUUCUAUACCAAGCAGCCCCAGUGUGUGGACAUACCGGCUGAUCUGCGCCUGUGCCACAAUGUGGGGUACAAGAAGAUGAGGCUGCCCAACCUCCUGGACCACGAGACCAUGCCAGAAGUCAAGCAGCAGGCAGGCAGCUGGGUGCCCCUCCUGGCCAAACGAUGCCAUGCUGAUACCCAGGUCUUCCUGUGCUCGCUGUUUGCACCGGUAUGCCUGGACAGGCCCAUCUAUCCCUGCCGCUCGCUGUGUGAGGCCGUGAGGGACAGCUGUGCUCCGGUGAUGGAGACCUAUGGCUUUCCCUGGCCAGAGAUGCUGACCUGUGACAAGUUUCCCAUUGAUAACGACCUCUGCAUCCCCAUGCAGUUCACUGGGAACCACGCAACCCAGCCACCAGUGUCAAAGGUGUGCCCUCCUUGUGACAAUGAGCUGAAAGCAGACAACAUCAUGGAGCAUUACUGCGCUAGUGACUUUGCCCUCAAGAUGAAAAUCAAGGAGGUGAAGAAGGAGAAGGGUGACCGGAAGCUGAUUGCUGCACAAAAGAAGAAGAAAGUGUUGAAGCAGGGUGUGCUAAGGAAGAAGGACCUGAAGAAACUGACCCUGUACAUCAAGAAUGGCGCAAACUGCCCGUGCUCCCAGCUGGAUAGCCUGGGCUCCAACUUCCUCAUCAUGGGCCGCAAAGUGGACCAGCAACUGCUGCUCAUGUCCAUUCACAAAUGGGACAAGAAGAGCAAGGAGCUCAAGUUCGCCAUCAAGUAUAUGAAGUCCCAUCAGUGUCCCACCUACCACACCGUCUUCCAGUGAUGGGGCAGAAUCCACGAUUGCUCCCCACACUAGAUCCUAACUCUCGUUUCAGUAAUGAAUCCCAGAUCCCUGCAAAAUCAGUUACCAGCCCACUGCAUAGUCCUACAAGGGGUCGCAGGGUGGUUUUUUAUUUUCUCAGCUUUACCAUGAAUCGGGUAGUCAAGGGGGUCCUUCCUGAUCUGCUUAGAUAAAUCAGACAUAUUAAUGUUGGAGAAAGGAAAAGCCCCAAAGAAACCAUAGAUUUUAUAACAAUUUGGGUGAUAUUUUAUUUCCCAAAGACAUUUUGAUCUACCCCCUGCUAUUUAAUAGAACCUUCCUUAACAAUUCUACCUUUCUAUUUUGAUAUAGUAGAACCAAUCACUUGUAUGAUAUUUUACAGCAACUUUAUUAAUUAGGCAGUAGCUUUAAGAAAUGGGAAUGUAAAGAUCUUAGGCAACUACUGGAGGGAAAACAUGUUUGAUUAUAGACAGACAGACUGGAAAGGGAGCUGAGUGGGAAGGCAGGGUUCGUUUCUGUGUAAAAAGAGCUGAGAGAAACGACACGCUACAGUAUAUGUGGGCUAUGCAAUGGGCCAGUGCACACACUGGCACAGAGCUCCCAGGAACAACAUCAAAGCAGAGAAAUGUAAUGAUCCACUUAACUGUAUGUUUCAAUAAUGUAUAAAGUAGGUAAUCCAAAUGAAUAUAGAGGAUUAGAAAACUGGGCUUUUUUCUUUUAUCCCUGCUGGGAAAGAAGACCGACGGAACAAGGCAGACUGACGGACUGGAUGAUGCUUCCACUGACUUUGUACAGCACCGUUUUUUUGUGGCCUGAAAGAGGGAAACUUGAAUAUUUUUGCUUUUUUAAUUGGAGAGAGAAGGUGGUUAAGGCAGAGAAGACAUCGUUCGGAAAACAGGUGGAGAAAAAAGGAGAAAGAAAGAGAGAGAAAGAGACUCUGGACAGAACCAACAAUGUUGGGUUGAUAAGUCUCUGGUACUCGCUGUUUUUCACUAUCACUCUUCAAAUGUUUCUUUUUUUGUACUUAAAUUUUGGAAUUUGCUUCAGUUAAAUGUCUGUAUGAAAACAAAAAUCAUACACACAGGCAUAGCACCUGAAUUCACUGUUGAAAAUUCAACUCUGACAAUAUUUUCUAAUCAGAUAACCUGUAAGUAGUUCUGUUACUGAAAUACAUAUUUGUUUUACAAAAAAGUAAAUGAAUAAAAUAUAUUUGAAAUUUUUAUAAAGAAUAUUUCUUUGUAAUGUGCCAUUUCAUCAUCAUUAUGAGUAAACUACAACCUGCACA